UGUGUAAUCUGUGAUUGUCAAGCGGCAUUGGUGAGCGAGUGAGCCGCGUUUGUUUUGAUUUGAUUAUAUUUUCUAUUCAUUAUUUUUAAAUUCAGUACGAUAUUUAGGAAAGAUGGACGGUGAUUUAUAUGAUGAAUUUGGUAAUUAUAUCGGACCUGAUCUGGAGUCUGAGUCCGACGAUGACCAAAGUGUUUACGGGCAAGAUAACCGUGAUGCCGACGAAGACGCUAUGGACGAGGAUGAGGAUCCUGAUGCGGAACCCGAGGUUGCGCCGAUGUCGGUUGUGUUGCACGAAGAUAAACGGUAUUAUCCACAAGCAGUGGAAGUGUACGGACCAGACGUAGAAACAGUAGUCCAAGAAGAGGACACUCAGGCCCUGGACAAGCCCUUAGUGGAGCCGGUCAAGCACAAGAAGUUCCAGGUGCAAGAGCAGCAGCUGCCGGAAACUAAAUAUGAUAUGGAAUACUUGGCUGAUAUGCUGGAUAAUACUAAUCUCAUGAGGAACGUCACUUUGAUGGGGCAUUUACAUAAUGGCAAAACCUCAUUUGUAGACUGCCUUAUCCGUCAGACUCACCCGGGCACAAUCAACAACGACACAACCAUCCCUAUGCGGUACACGGACACCUUAUUUGUGGAGCAGGAGCGUGGGGUGUCAAUCAAGUCCAUGCCAGUCACCCUGCUGUUAAAGAAUAUCAAGGGGAAGUCUCACUUGCUCAAUAUCAUGGACACUCCGGGACAUGUCAACUUUAGUGACGAAGUAACAGCUGCUUUGAGGAUUUCUGAUGGCGCGGUCCUAUUCGUAGACGCCGCUGAAGGUAUAAUGCUGAACACGGAACGCCUCCUACGGCACGCGGUCCAAGAGCGAGUGCCUCUAACACUCUGCAUCAACAAGAUUGACAGGUUGAUCCUGGAACUGAAGUUGCCUCCAGCGGACGCUUAUUACAAGCUGAGGCAUAUAAUUGACGAGCUGAACACUAUGCUGGAGACGCACCAGCCUCAAGACAACCCGGAUGAACCUGCGAUUGUCUUCUCACCACUUUUAGGCAAUGUAUGCUUCGCCUCAUCUCUCUACGACGUGUGUUUCACCCUGGAGUCAUUCGCGGCCAUGUACGCCGCCUCGCAGCCAUCGGCCGGGCUCAAAGCAUCCGACAUGGCCGCUUGGCUGUGGGGAGAUGUGUACUUCAACGCCAAGUCCAGGCGGUUCACCAAGAAACAGCCACAUUCGUCUGCGCAGAGGAGCUUCGUCGAGUUCAUUUUGGAGCCAUUGUACAAGAUUUUUGCACAGGUUGUGGGCGACGUAGACGACACAUUACCGGCCGUGCUGGCCGAGUUGGGCAUCAAAUUGAGCAAGCAAGAAUCAAAGUUAAACGUCAGGCCGCUGUUGAGACUCGUCUGCAGCCGGUUCUUUGGUGAUUUCUGCGGUUUCGUAGAAAUGGUAGUGCGCCACGUGCCGUCGCCGCUAGAUGGCGCUGUGCGUAAAGUGGGGCACGCUUACCGCGGCGGAGGCGGACCGCUGCACGCCGACAUGGUGGGCUGCGACCAAUCCGGCAGGCUGGUGGCGCACACCACCAAGAUGUAUCCAACUGACGACUGCACUUUCUUCUUGGUGCUGGCCCGUAUAAUGUCGGGGACUUUGUACGCGGGUCAAACGGUCCGGGUGUUGGGAGAGAACUACAGCACUCAGGACGAAGAAGACUCCAGGGUUAUGAAUGUAGGCAGGUUGUGGAUAUACGAGGCCAGGUAUAAGGUGGAGCUGAACAGAGUGCCAGCCGGCUGCUGGGCGCUGGUCGAAGGUGUGGACCAACCAAUCGUGAAGACUUGCACCAUGGUGGCAGCAGACGAGACCGAGGAACUCCACACGUUCAGACCUUUGAGGUUCAACACGCAGGCGGUCGUCAAGAUCGCCGUGGAGCCUGUCAACCCAUCGGAGCUGCCCAAGAUGCUGGACGGGUUGAGGAAGGUGAACAAGUCAUACCCCCUGCUCUCCACCCGGGUGGAGGAGAGCGGCGAGCACGUGAUCCUGGGCACCGGCGAGCUGUACCUGGACUGCGUGAUGCACGACCUUCGGGACAUGUACUCGGAGAUCGAUAUCAAAGUCGCGGACCCGGUGGUGUCGUUCUGCGAGACUGUUGUGGAGACGUCAUCGCUCAAAUGCUUCGCCGAGACGCCGAACAAGCGCAACAAGCUGACGAUGAUAGCGGAGCCCCUGGAGCGGGGGCUCGCGGAGGACAUCGAGGCGGGCGCCGUGUGCGUCACCUGGGACAGGAAGAAGCUCGGCGAGUUCUUCCAGACCAAAUACGACUGGGACUUGCUGGCCGCUCGUUCUAUAUGGGCAUUCGGCCCGGACAGCACCGGCCCCAACAUCCUGGUGGACGACACACUGCCGUCCGAGGUCGACAAACAUCUGCUUGCGUCCGUCAAAGACAGCAUUGUGCAGGGCUUCCAGUGGGGCACACGGGAAGGGCCGCUCUGCGAGGAGCCCAUAAGGAAUGUCAAAUUCAAAAUAUUGGACGCGGUGAUAGCGCAGGAACCUCUGCACAGGGGCGGCGGUCAGAUCAUACCUACUGCUAGGAGGGUGGCGUACUCGGCGUUUCUGAUGGCGACCCCCCGGCUCAUGGAGCCCUACCUGUUCGUGGAGGUACAGGCGCCCGCCGACUGCGUCUCCGCCGUCUACACCGUGCUCGCCAAGAGGAGAGGCCACGUGACCCAAGACGCGCCCGUGGCCGGCUCCCCGCUGUACACGAUCAAGGCGUUCGUGCCGUGCAUCGACUCGUUCGGGUUCGAGACCGACCUGCGCACGCACACCCAGGGGCAGGCGUUCUGCCUCCAGGUGUUCCACCACUGGCAGAUCGUGCCUGGCGACCCGUUGGACAAGAGCAUCGUCAUCAGGCCCCUGGAGCCCCAACCAGCGACGCACUUGGCCAGAGAGUUCAUGAUCAAGACGCGACGUCGCAAGGGCCUCAGUGAGGACGUCUCCAUCAACAAGUUCUUCGACGACCCUAUGUUGUUGGAGCUGGCGCGGCAAGAUGUCCAGUUGAAUUAGAUUUAAUUAAAUAUAUGGUUCAAAAAUUG